UCGGCCCCAUAGGUCGGCCCCCCCUCUAGUCGUGUCACGUGACAUUUGGCUCGUACAGGAAGUAGUCUGGAUGUGGAUUUUCCAAGGGCUGAGUAGCUGAGCAUCCACAAUGACAGCCAUCAAACAUGCGCUCCAGAGGGACAUAUUCACACCCAACGACGAGCGUCUCCUCAGUAUUGUGAACGUCUGCAAGGCGGGAAAGAAAAAGAAGAAUUGUUUCUUGUGUGCAACUGUAACGACAGAGAGGCCUGUCCAGGUCAAAGUUGUAAAGGUAAAGAAGUCUGACAAGGGGGACUUCUACAAGCGGCAGAUAACAUGGGAGCUGCGGGAUCUUGGAGAGGUGGAUGCCAAAGAUCCAAGCAAGGAAAAUCCAGAAUUUGACCUUCAUUUUGAGAAGGUGUACCGAUGGGUGGCAAGCAGUGUGGCUGAGAAGAACUCCUUCAUCUCUUGCAUUUGGAAGCUGAACCAACGCUACCUGAGGAAGAAGGUGGAGUUUGUUAAUGUCAGUCCUCAACUAUUGGAAGAACUUCCUAAAGCGGAAGAGUCUGCGCCAAGAGGUGAGGCCCAGAGUGUGGCUGGCGGAGAUGAGGACGCCCUAGAUGACUACCAGGAGCUCAACGCCCGAGAAGAGCAGGACAUUGAGGGCAUGAUGGAGGUGUGCGAAUAUGCCAUCUCUAAUGCCGAGGGCUUUGCCGAAAAACUCUCCAGGGAACUACAGGUUCUAGACGGGGCCAACAUCCAGUCUAUCAUGGCAUCCGAGAAGCAGGUGAACAUCCUGAUGCAGCUGUUGGACCAGGCACUGUCCGAGGUGGACAACAUCGAGGAUAAGCUGAGCAGCUACGAGGAGAUGCUGCAGAGCGUCAAGGAGCAGAUGGACCAGAUCUCACAGAGCAACCGUCUGAUCCAGAUCAGCAACACAAAUAAUGGGAAGCUGCUGGACGAGAUCCAGUUCCUUGUGAACUACAUGGAUCUGUCCAAGGGCCACAUCCGGGCCCUGCAGGAGGGAGACCUGUCCUCCCCUAAAGGGAUUGAGGCCUGCAUCAAUGCAUCUGAGGCUCUGCUGCAAUGCAUGAACGUGGCUCUCCGACCAGGUCAUGAUCAGCUGCUAGCAGUGAAGCAGCAGCAGCACCUGUUCAGCGACCUGAGAGACACCUUCGCUCGUCGCCUCACCAACCACCUCAACAACGUGUUUGUCCAUCAGGGCCAUGACCAGAGCUCCACUUUGUCCCAGCACACGGUGGACCUCAGCCUGCCGAAACACAGCCCACUGCACAGGGACCUGCUUCGCUACGCCAAGCUGAUGGAGUGGCUGAAGAACACGCAGAGGGAGAAGUACGAGGGCUUGUCCAUGACCUAUGUGGAAUACAUGACCAGAUUGUAUGAACGAGAAAUAAAAGAUUUCUUUGAGGUGGCCAAGAUAAAGAUGGCUGGCACAAGCAAGGAGGCCAAGGGCAAGUUUGCUACGCUUCCGCGGAAAGAGAGUGCACUCAAACAGGAAUCCGAGAGCCUGCAUGGCAGCUCUGGCAAGCUAACGGGAUCUACAUCUAGCCUAAACAAGCUGGCAGUGCAGGGCUCCAACAGUCGGCGCUCCCAGUCGUCCUCACUGCUCGACAUGGGCAACAUGUCUGCCUCCGACCUGGACGUUGCCGACCGAACCAAGUUUGACAAGAUCUUUGAGCAAGUCCUCAGUGAGCUGGAGCCUCUGUGUCUGGCAGAACAAGACUUUAUCAGCAAGUUCUUCAAGCUGCAGCAGCAUGCCACCGUCCAGCCGCCCCUGGCUCAGCCAGAAACAGAAGAAACGGAUGGAGCGAUUACAUCUAAAGUGACACCUCAGAGCGAACCUAGACCCUCCUUAUCAUCAGAGAAAGACUUGGUACGGAUGAUGAUGAACAAGAUCUUCCAGAGCAUCGAGACGGAGCUUAACAGUCUGAUCGCGCUAGGGGACAAGAUCGACAGCUUCCACUCUCUGUACAUGCUGGUGAAGAUGAGCCACCACGUGUGGACGGCAGAGAACGUGGACCCGGCCUCGUACCUCAGCACCACACUGGGGAAUGUGCUGGUCACCGUCAAGAGGAACUUUGACAAAUGCAUUUCUGCUCAGAUCAAACAGAUGGAGGAUGUGAAGAUCUCCAAGAAAAGCAAAGUGGGAAUACUUACUUUUGUCACAGGCUUUGAGGAGUUUGCCGAGCUGGCCGAAACGAUCUUCCGGAACGCUGAGCGGCGUGGAGAUCUGGACAAGGCUUAUGUCAAGCUGAUCAGAGCUGUCUUCAUGAAUGUUGAAAAGGUGGCCAAUGAGAGCCAGAAGACGCCACGGGAUGUUGUGAUGAUGGAGAAUUUCCACCACAUCUUCUCUACGCUCUCCCGCUUAAAAAUCUCCUGCCUGGAGGCAGAGAGGAGGGAAGCCAAGCACAAGUAUACCGAGCACCUGCAGUCCUACGUCAUCAACUCUCUUGGUCAGCCUCUGGAGAAGCUCAAUCACUUCUUUGAAGGAGUUGAGGCACGUGUGGCACAGGGUGUGCGUGAGGAGGAGGUGAGCUACCAGCUCGCUUUUAACAAACAGGAACUGCGUAAAGUUAUCAAAGAGUAUCCAGGCAAGGAGGUGAAGAAGGGCCUGGACAACCUGUACAAAAAAGUAGAUAAACACUUGUGCGAAGAAGAGAGCCUACUGCAGGUGGUAUGGCACUCGAUGCAAGAUGAGUUCAUCCGCCAGUACAAGCACUUUGAGGAUUUGAUUGGCCGUUGUUAUCCCGGAUCUGGAAUUACAAUGGAAUUUACCAUACAAGACAUGCUGGAGUAUUUCUCUAGCAUCGCACAGUCUCAUUAAUUUAGCUGCUCUGCGUUACUGUUUAGUUUACUAAUUAACUAAUGCUUCACAAUGACAAAAAACACUACACCGCAAAUCAUUUAAACUCUCGUGCGUGUGUCAAUACGUGUCUGUUUUACAGAAGUGCAAACCAAUUUAUAGUGUACUCUGCAAAAAUGCGAAAUAGAUCCAUAAAUAUUUUGCGUGUCCAUUUAUUUUCCUGCAUCUCAUUAUGCGCAUCUUGUAACACAUCCAUAUCAUGUAUAUUUAAAUGAUGCUUUCUGCAUGUGUUUUUUUUCUCCUUUGUAAUCUGUUAAGCGAAGUAGGCACAAUAAACCAUUGUUACUCCGCC